UUUUUUGCUAAGAUUAUGGAAGAUACAGAUACGUAUAUCACCUGGCCGAAUAAAUUGAAGAUAGGAGCAAAAUCUAAGAAAGACCCCCAUGUGCGAAUUGCAGGCAGGCCAGACGACGUCCAAGCUGCCAAGGAGAGAAUCAUGACAAUUCUAGACACCAGGUGCAAUCGUGUGACGAUGAAAAUGGACGUGAGCUAUACGGACCACUCCCACAUCAUUGGAAAAGGCGGUUUGAGUAUAAAACGCGUCAUGGAGGAAACGCAGUGUCACGUCCACUUCCCCGACUCCAACCGUUCCAAUCCCACCGAGAAGAGCAACCAGGUCUCCAUAUCGGGCGAUAUCGAAGGCGUGGAGUGUGCUAGAAGUCGCGUCAGGGAGCUGAUCCCGCUGAUAUUUGGUUUUGAGCUGCCGAUAAUGUCUCAAAACGUCGACGCUACUUGCCCUUACGUCAUCAAGAUCCAAGAGCAGUACAAGGUGCAGGUAAUGUUCAAGACGAGGCCCAAAUUGCAUGCCACCCUCGUGCUGGUCAAAGGUGUGGAAUGGGAAGUCGAUCAAGUCAAACACGCCACGCUUCUAUUGAUAGAGUACAUAUGCGACAGUUUAGCGAGCCAGAUCCCCGUUCAGAUGUCCAUGGAGAUCUCACCACACCACCACCAGAUAGUCCUGGGGAAGAACCACUCCAAUCUGAAGGCCGUAAUGCAGUAUACCAGUUGCCAGAUAAUGUUCCCCGACGCUCAGGAUCCGAACAUUCCGAAUUUGAAGAAGAGCAAUGUCACUAUAACGGGAAAUAUCCACAGCGUGUACAAAGCCAGGCAGCUGCUGAUGGGGAGCCUGCCGUUGAUCAUUAUCUUCGAUCUCCCGGAAGAUUCGAUGGCCCUGAGGACGCGGCCCGAGCAAAUCGCAGAAAUUCAAUCGUCUUGCGAUUUGGUUAUAAAUAUCAGGCAGAAAACGAAGCAGAACACCAAGGCGUGCGUCAUCAAGGGGAUUGAGCGUCAUGCCAUGAACAUCUACAAAGCGAGAAACCUUAUCCUGGGCCUCGAGGAGCCACCGCUGUGUGCCGACAUCCCUUCGUCUUACCAUCUGCCGAACAACGCUCCCCUGCAUUCAAAUUUCCCAACGAGUGAUCUUCUCCCAACGCCUACUAACGCAAAUCCUUCGCCCAUGUCCCCUCUGCUCAGUCCCCUGAUUUCCCCAACUUGGCAAUAUCCUUCCGCGAGUGUCGGACAGACUGCUCCGCCAUUCGUAGGAAUAAUGCAGCAACCUCAGUUUUUGUACAACGUAAUGCAGCAGUCUAUGGCGAGCAGCGGAUAUCAGUCGCUUCACGGCCAAUUUUCUUCAGGGAAUUCCUCUUUGGAACAGAGCAGGGAAACAUAUUCUUCCAUUUCGACCAACAGCUCGUUAGGCUCGAGCCCCCUGCCCAGCCCAAGGACUUCUAUAUCCCCGAGUUACUAUCGGAACUUUACAGAAUCGCCUUCGAACAGCCUGACUCCUUUCGAACUCGAAAAUAAACGUCUGGCCGGAUACCGCGCCAUGCAAACCAGACCGGCUCCUGGCAUCUACAGAGUACCGAACAAUUCUUGGUCCGGCUACGGGAUCAGCCACACCAGCCCCGCUGGUGGCCUCCCGGAUAAGAACAGGGGCAAGAAGGACGAAGACAUAUGGAAGACCCCAACGGCCAAGCAAGGCGACUCGUACAACCUUCCCUCCACGUCGGGAGCGGCGGCUUUGAGUACCAGCAACAUCCUCGACCACACCUCGACUCACGUCCUGAACCGCGUCACCACCUCCAGCUGGACGGACUUGCCCGGCAUGCUGUCCGCGCUGGGCCUGGAACGGUACAUAACUGUCUUCACGACUCACGAAAUCGAUUUGACAACGUUCUCGACUUUGACUGAUCAGGAUCUCAUCGAAAUCGGAAUUAACGCUUUCGGGGCUCGCAGGAAGAUAUUGCUGGCGAUAUCAGAGUUAAAUAAGAGGUCUAGUCCAUUCUCGGCGGCUCCGGGUGCGGAAAGGAAAAGCUCCUCCUCCACCAACUCCACGUUGAGCCCCAGAGAGAACAAUUGGUAGACUCCUGAAUCCGAUGGAAACCCGAUUUGAACCGGUGAGAAAAUCGACAAUGCCCUUUUUGAUGACUGAAUACGGACCGGAGAUGCGAUUUAUGAUUUUCGUAGAUAUUUGUAUUGUCUUUCAUCGUGUAUUAAGAAAAUGGUUUUGGUAUGCUGAUAGCUAUACUAAUAUUGUAGGGAAAGGGACGGGAUCGAGCGGGAUAUUGAACGUUUUCUCGAUCCUUUCCGGUGAUAGCAACAUUUGAUGUUGUUUUUUUGUUGUGAUAUUCGUUUUAUAUUGAAUAAA